AAAAGACGUCAUACAGCCCUCUAACGUCUGUUGGUCCUUGACGAUAUGGAUGGUCCAGCUGGCCUUGACUGUUCUCACUGUUCAAGCUAAAAACUGUACCAAACCCAUAGGAGGGCCAAACAUGGUUUUGUCAGAUGCCUUCAUCACGCAAGAGACAUUUGUAGAUGGCGCAAAUGUCACUUUUCAGUGUGCAGUUGGAUAUGCCAGUACAGGACGGUCUCCGCCAGUCACCUGUACUGCCGGCGUGUGGAGUGAAGUGAAACUGAAAUGCGAAAGGAAGUCGUGUGGCAGCCCAGGAGAAGUGACGAACGGCCAGUUUAAUACCUCUCAGGGGGUCUUGUUUGGAGACCAGGUAGUUGCUACCUGUAAUACUGGCUAUGUGCUUGUGGGCAGCGGUGUAAGGAACUGUAUGGAUGGAGGCUGGGAUGGCAGAGUUCCUGUAUGUGAAGUGGUGAAGUGUGGAAAGCCCCCAAACAUUGUCAACGGUUGGCCUGUUGUCCCACCUGAUGAUACGUAUGACUAUGGAAAUGUCGUGCCAUAUGCCUGUGAGAAGAAUUACACUCUGGUUGGAGCUAAAUCCAUAACCUGCAGUGAGAAUGGAGAAUUCCAGCCAGCUCCACCUGAGUGUAAAAUGGUGUCAUGUCCUAAUCCUGUUGUUGAGAAUGGUGUUCGGAUUGACGGCCGUCCCCCCUAUACGUACAUGUCUUUUGUGACGUAUAGGUGUAAUGCUGGAUAUGAGAUGGAGGGACAAGCCAGUCUGACCUGUGAAAUAGAAGGCUGGUCAGCUCCUUACCCAACAUGCAAAGCUAAAAACUGUACCAAACCCAUAGGAGGGGAAAACAUGGUUUUGUCAGAUGCCUUCAUCACGCAAGAGACAUUUGUAGAUGGCGCAAAUGUCACUUUUCAGUGUGCAAUUGGAUAUGCCAGUACAGGAUGCUCUCCGACAGUCACCUGUACUGCCGGCGUGUGGAGUGAAGUGAAACUGAAAUGCAAAAGGAAGUCGUGUGGCAGCCCAGGAGAAGUGACGAACGGCCAGUUUAAUACCUCUCAGGGGGUCUUGUUUGGAGACCAGGUAGUUGCUACCUGUAAUACUGGCUAUGUGCUUGUGGGCAGCGGUGUAAGGACCUGUAUGGAUGGAGGCUGGGAUGGCAGAGUUCCUGUAUGUGAAGUGGUGAAGUGUGGAAAGCCCCCAAACAUUGUCAACGGUGGGCCUGUUGUCCCACCUGAUGAUACGUAUGACUAUGGAAGUGUCGUGCCAUAUGCCUGUGAGAAGAAUUACACUCUGGUUGGAGCUAAAUCCAUAACCUGCAGUGAGAAUGGAGAAUUCCAGCCAGCUCCACCUGAGUGUAAAAUGGUGUCAUGUCCUAAUCCUGUUGUUGAGAAUGGUGUUCGGAUUGACGGCCGUCCCCCUAUACGUACAUGUCUUUGGUGACGUAUAGGUGUAAUGCUG